AUGACGAAGUCCAGCAGAACUCCUGCGGACAGCGUCAAGCAGCGCAAGGCGAAAGGCACAAUCAAGCGGCCGAAAGACCAAAAGGCCGCGAAGCGGCGGGCAAGCCAGGCGCAGGCUCGGAAGGCCAUGAAGAUGAUGAAGUCGCUGAAAGGGCCCAAGGCGAAGCAGGCGCCGAAGCAGCAGAUGAAGUCAAGCCGAGGACGAAAGGACACAAAGCCGGCAAAGGCGAUGAAGGCCAUCGUCAAGGCCAUGAAAUCGAUGUCCGUCAUGAAGGUGCCCGUCGCCAAGCCGGUUGCGAAGCCAGCUGCAUCGAAGCCAGUGGCAAAACAUGCCGUCGCCAAGCGCGCUGCCUCCCCGAGGCCAGGGCCGGGUCGCUCCGCGGCCGCCACGAUCUCCCGGCGCCUCCGUGCACAAGCGAAGAGCGCGCUGCCGGCUUUGCCAAGUGUCGCGAAGACGAAGCUUUGUACCUUCUGGAUUGAGGGCAAGUGCCGAAGGGGCGAACAGUGCGAGUUCGCCCAUGGUGCAGCCGAGCAGUUGGAGAACUGCAGGAGGGUUCCCUGUCGCUUCCACUUGGGAAGCGUGUUUCCACCAUCUUGCAAAUUCGCCCAUUCCGCCGCAGACAGCGCUGAUGUGGUUCCGCGAUCGAGAGAUGAGGCUAUCGACGAGUUGGCCGUGGAUGUUUGUGGCAUUUUCGACUCCGUCAGCCAGAGCAGAGCACCGGAGGAGGUCUGCGGCGCUUUCGGCCAAAGCAGCGAGGCACUGGACGACCUCGCCUCCGAAACGGUCGCAGACGAGUUCGGUUUCAGACCGCAGAAAACGCUCAUGUGCAAGUUCUGGCUGCGUGGCAAGUGCCAGCGCUUGUUAGGCUGUGCCUUCGCCCACGGCGAGGAGGAACAGCGCGAGGCUUGCAAAAGACUGAGGUGCCGCUUUGACAAGGAGGGUUUCUGCAAGCAGGGCUCAACGUGUUGGUAUGCUCAUGGAGACGCAUCAGAAGCUCCCUUUGCGGAAGACGCCGGAUCCCUGCAGCUACUUGGUCCAGGACUCGUGGUGUCGCUACCAUCCGCAUCCUCAUCUGCAGCUCCACCUCCGGGUCUCGAGCCGAUGGAUGCGCCGAGUAGCACGGCCUCCAUGCGAACAUCCGAGGACGACCCAACGAAGCCUCAGAAGACGCUAUUGUGCAGAUACUGGCUGAAGGGCCGCUGCCUGCGCUUGCGAGAUUGUGCCUUCGCCCACGGAGCCGUCGAGCAGCAAGCGGCCUGUGCCCAGAUCAGGUGUCGAUUCGAGCGCGAAGGCUACUGCAAGCUCGGCGAUGCCUGCUGGUAUGCCCACGAGGGACGACUUAGCUCGGCUCCCUAUGCGGAAGGCCCCGGGCUUCAAGCACCGCCAGGGCUGGAGCUUCCCCCGAGCAGCUUCUUGGAUGCUCCCCCCGGCUUGGGCUAA